CUUUGAUUCGAGAACACUUUGCCUUGAAAUUUUAAAUAUUAAGGAUAAGUGCGUAAAGAACAUGGCAGGGACAGAUUUUCAAACUGGUGGAUUGAGUGAAGAGGUACAGUUACAGGAGGCCAUGAAGCGUAGCCUUAGUGAUAUAGGAAAUGGAGCUGAUCAGAGUUGCAUGCAGAAACAAACGGAGAUGACCAACGAAGAACGUAUAGCUGAAAUGGUCCGACGUAGUGAAGAUAAAGGUGACCAUAUACGUAUUGUUCUAAUUGGCAAAACUGGUGUUGGUAAGAGUGCGACGGCCAACACUCUGAUGGGCGGGAAGAAAAGAUUUAAAACCUCCUCUGGCCUAAAAUCGGUUACAGCAGAGUGCGAGUCUGACGUUUGCUUUCAUGACUCGCGUUCCUACAAAUUCGUCGAUACGCCCGGAUUCAUGGACACUAGCAAAGGAAAGCAUAUCAUUUGUAAAGAGGUCGCACAAUCACUACAAUUUGCCGCUCCCGGCCCACAUGUAUUUCUUAUCGUGCUUCAAUUUGGUCGGUUUACAAAAGAAGACCGAGCAGUCGUUGCCCAAAUAGAACAUCUGUUUGGCAAACAAUUCGCCAAGGAUUAUGGUGUUGUCUUAUUUACUCGUUGUGAUGAUAUAAAAAAUGAUUUGACAGACGAUGACGAUAACUUUGAUGAGGAAGCUUACCAUAAAGCAUGCGAGGCAAAAUUUUUGGAAGGGGCCGUUGAAUUGCCAGCACUCGGUGAGCUACGCGAUGCAUGUUCUGGUCGAAUCUUUUUCAUCGAUAACAGACUAAAAGGCGAAAACCGGAAAGCCGAGGCGUCUCGGUUUUAUAAGAAAAUACAUGAAUGGGGUCUUGGUCAACAGUAUUGCAUUGAUAAACAUCGCCUUACUGAAAUGAUGGAAGAGGAUAAAAGAAAGAGAAAUGAAAAGCUUGCGAAGGAAGAGUUACACAGGAAAAAUCUAGCGGAAAAGGAACGACUUCAAAGAGAGAGGGAACUUAUGGAACAGGAGAAGGAACGUACGGAAAAACUUCAAAGGGAAUAUAGAGAGAAACAGAAUGAAAUGAUAGAUCGAAUGAGUGAGAUGGAAAGACGGAAUAAAGAUGAACGGAAGAAAUUUAAGCGUCAACAAGAGGAAUUAGAGAGAAAAAACGAAGAGGAACGAUUGCGUAGGGUUGCUGCAGAAAAAGAAGAACAACGACGCCAGGAAGAAUAUGAAGAGCAACAGAAGAAGAUGAAUGAGCAAAUGAAAGAAAUCGAAAGGCUAAACGAAGAGGAACGACAACGACUUUUAGCUCAAAAAGAGGAGUUUGAAAGAAAGACUGAAGAGGAAAGGUUGCGCAAAAUAGAGCAAGAAAAAGAGGAGCAAAAGCGCCAAGAGGAAAUUGCUAAGCAACAGGAAGAAAUUAAAAAUCAAAUGGAGGAGAUGAAAAGAAAAAACGAAGAAGAACAGAAGAGGAGGGAAGAAGAGACCGAACGACUCAAAAAAGAAUUCAAAAAGAAACAAAAGGAACAAAAAAGGAUCGAGGAAGAAGAAAGAAAGAAAAGAGAAAAUGAUUGGAAAAAGAAGGAAGCUGAGUUUGAAAGCAAGUUGAUAGAGAAACUGGAUGCACCGGUUGAACCCAAUGAAAGUGUUAUAAGUACACUAUGGAAAGGUGCCUGCGAUGUAGCCUCAGCAGUGAAAUCAAUAUUUUUAUAAAAUUGAUACAAAGUGAAAAUAAGCGCUACAUGUAAAUUCAUCUAACCAUUGUAUAGCAUUAGCAACGUUUGGAAAUAAACCACGGGAAAACAGAUCCAUAUAGGUACACACCAUAAUUAUAAUUAUAUUAUGAUAAUAAUUAUAUUUGUAGAUAGCUUUAUUUUAUAUAUUAUCCCAAAUGUCAAGGGGGGGUCAAUCCUUUCCCCGCCUCUCGAUUUUUUCAAGAGUACUUUUUUGCACUUCUUUUUGCGUCCCCGUUAUUUUAUCGGGGAGUAAAGGUGCAAAGCUAUGAUAGUUGGCACUUGAUGCCAAUAAAAUAGAAAUUUAUAAAACAUUGAUUGCUACCUUCUUGUUUCUAAUACUCUAGAAAAUAUCUAACGAUAAGUGUUGCUCUGUUUGAUAAAUAAUGAUUAGGCAUAUUAAAUUAAAAAAUGUCCCCAAAGUCCAAAUGCCCCCCCCCCCCCCCCUUGAGACUUCGUGUUUUAAAAAAGGUUGCAGACAUUGGGGUUUAUUGCACAUUUCAAGGAGUUGACUUUAGGAUUUCGGAUAAGAACAGUUGGAAAUAAAACUAAAAUCUCCUUGAAGAGGCACAUAUAAUUUUAGAUACUGUAGAAUACUUUUAUACACCCCUUGUGUACGUUCUGUCCUAACGGAAUCGAAGAGAAUAAAUGCUUUUAUAUUUUAAAAGUUUUAAUAACUAGAACUUAGUAAUAACGUACUUAUAAUAUAAUUUUAAUCAUAUAUAUAUCAUAUACAGUGCUUUAAUGUAUAGAACAAAUAAA